AUGACGACAGAACCAGGUGAGCCGCAGGAGGCGGGGCCUAAAGAGGCGGAGUCUUUCCCCGAAGCUGCUGCUCACUCCACUCCCAAACUGGGAGUGGAAGGCCCGCCCCACAACCAAGUGCAAAGCUCAUUGGCCGAGGACUCGACCAGUUACCUGUCAUCCAGCAGCCGGAUCGCUCGCUCGCCUGCCAGAAACCCGCUGAGCUUUAGGACCAUGCAGACCACCGUGACCCUGCUGGACGGCUCGCUGUUCACCUGCACUGUGGAGAAACGAGCUCGCGGUUCGUUGCUUUUUGAGAAAGUUUGUGAACACGUGAAUCUGCUGGAGAGAGAUUACUUCUCCCUGAGCUUCAGAGACGCUGAUAACAACAAGAACUGGUUGGAUCGGGGGAAGGAGAUGAAGAAGCAGGUCAGAGGUGUUCCCUGGAACUUCUCCUUUAAUGUCAAGUUUUACCCUCCUAACCCCGCCCUCCUCUCUGAGGACAUCACCAGGUACUUCCUGUGUCUCCAGCUCAGACAGGAUAUAGUUUCUGGUCGACUUCCUUGUUCAUUUGCUACUCACACCAUCCUCGGCUCGUACACCGUCCAAUCAGAGCUCGGAGACUACGACCAAGAUGAAUGUGCUUCGGACUACAUCAGCGAACUGAGUUUCGCUCCAAACCAAACUAAAGAAAUGGAGGAAAAGAUCACGGAGAUGCACAAAACCUACAGAGGAAUGAGUCCAGCUGAGGCCGAGAUGCACUUCCUGGAAAACGUCAAGAAGCUUUCUAUGUAUGGAGUCGACCUUCAUCACGCUAAGAUGGUAGGAAGCCGCUUUGACUGCUUGUCUUCAGCUCAGUCAGAGGACUCGGAGGGCGUGGCCAUCAUGCUGGGCGUGUGCAGCAGCGGGUUGCUGGUCUACAGGGACCGGCUCAGGAUCAACAGAUUUUCGUGGCCAAAGAUUCUGAAGAUUUCGUACAAGAGGAACAACUUCUACAUAAAGAUCCGACCCGGAGAGUUCGACCAGUUUGAGUCUACGAUCGGUUUCAAGCUGCUGAAUCACAGAUCAGCAAAGAGACUCUGGAAGGUGUGUGUGGAGCAUCACUCCUUCUUCAGGCUGGUGUCUCCAGAAGAACCACCAAAGCGGUUCCUGUCUCUGGGUUCAAAGUUCCGGUACAGUGGUCGGACUCAGAUCCAGAGCCGCAGAGCUAGCGCCCAGAUCUCCAGACCGGCACCAAACUUCCCAAGAUGCAUCAGCAAGAGGAGUCUACUCAGCCGCAGCCUGGAUGGAGCUUCCAGGGCCACUCCCACCUCCUCUCUGAUUGGCUCUCCAGCCAUCACAGUGGCCCCCAAAGUUAAUGGUGGCCCGCGGACAGAUAUGGGCACAGGUCUGUAUGGAGCAUCGAAGGCCAUAGCUGUCAGUGACCUCAUCACCACGGUAACACCUGAGAGGAGGACUGAGGCAGUUGAGGAAGUGUUGAUGGUGGAGGAGAAGGUGCAGGAAAGGAUGGAGGAGGAGACACAGCAGCAGCAGGAGGAGGAGGAGGAGGAGGAGGAGGAAGAGGAGGAGGAAGAGGAGGAGACCAGAGCGACAGAGAUUUCUCCUCCAACUCCUCAGAAACACGACACCAAGACUGAGCUGACGGACACGGCUGUGGAUGGAGACCUGACCGAGUCUGAUCAGGAUGAAGAUUUGAAAACUCAGGAGACGUUGGGGAGUCCUGAAGACGAGCAGAAACCUCUGAGCAGUAUCAGCGCUCUCAGACGCUCCUUCUUAGAAGGAGGAGGAGAAACAGGAGGGAUGACAGAGUGGGAGAAACGUCUUGCCUCCUCACCGUUACGACGAAUCGACGACUCCCCGAUGAUCGAACCCCUGGAACCAGACGAGCCUUCAUUUGAUGAAAUGUCUCCUGAGUCUCCGCUGAAGUCACAAGAACAAAAAACCUUCAGAGAACACAACCUGCUGAAGAUGUCGGAGAAGGUGGAGACGCUCUUCCUCACGACCGAGUCACAUGAUCAGGACCAGCCAAUAGCGGACCAGCCUCAGGUAGAAGUGACGAGAAAGACUCUGACGUACGAGACUCCCGGGGGUCAUUUGGACUCUGACCCUCCUGCCGGACUCCUGCUGAGCUCUCAGACCUUCACUGCAGAAACCGCCAACACCACCACCACCACACACAUCACCAAGACCGUCAAAGGAGGAGUUGCAGAAACCAGAAUCGAGAAGAGAAUCGUGAUUUCUGGAGAUGCAGAAAUUGACCACGACCAGGCGCUGGCAGCGGCGCUCAGCGAGGCGCGGCGGCAGCAUCCCGAGCUGUCUGUCACGCGGGUCGUUGUCCAUAAAGAAACGGAGGUCUCUCCUGAUCAUGUGAUUGAUUAA